AUGUCGCCAGCAUGGAAAGUGUUUCAUUUCUUCUGCGCUAUCAUGUCGUUCAUCAUUUCCUUUACUUUGCCCUUCAUGAUUGUUGUAUGGGAAAUGUUCGUGACCUCCUUCUAUAACAAUCAUGCGAAUAAUAAAGAUAUCACCGUGUGCAGUAUAUGGGGAAAGAAUUCCACUCGAUGGACCAUUGCCAUUUUCAUUUUGACACUUUGUGGAUAUUUGCCAGGAGUGAUUGCUGCAUUGAUUUAUGCAUUUGUAGCUGAACAUGUUUCAUGGAUUCCUCAAUAA